AAAUUUUUCUUUUUAUUUCCAAAUAUUUUGUGUUUGAAAAAGUAUUUUUUGUAAUUUGAAAUAAUUUUUUUUUUACUUUUUUCAAAUUAAUUAAAUUUUCUUUUUUUUAAAUCUUCAAUGCGUCUACGCUUCCAUAGUGAUUUGAUUGAUCUAACAAUAUUCUACACACGACAACUUUGUAUUUCAUUAGUGAAACAUAUUAAACAACUAUUUGUGAUUUUAUAUAUCCAAUUAGAAGAAAUAAAUCUUAUUUUUUUAUAAACAUUUAUUGAAAUUUUUAAUUCUUUAAUUUAAUAAAUAAAUAAAUUAUUUAUUGUUAAUUUAAUAAAUUAUUUAUAGUUGAUUUAAUAAAUUAUUUUUAAAAAAAAUUUUUUUUAAUAAAAUGGAACCAAUACAGUAUUGUUAUGAGAAAAAAAGGUGUCAAUUUGGAAAGAGAUGUAAUUUUUCCGAACAAGAUAAAAUGGAAGUUGAUAUUAAAUCAGAUGCAACUUUGGGACAAAAUUAUAUUCGAAUGGAUCCCAUAACUGAGGGUACACAGGAUGGUAAAAUUUUCGCUAUUCAUGAGAUAAACACAACAACUGCCACUUUUAAAGAAAAUGGAAUGCAUCAUGUUGAAGGUGGAUGGCCAAAGGACAUCAAUAUGCAUGAUUUAGAACAGACUGUCCGUUAUAGACGUAAAAUAGAAAAAGAUGAAUUAUAUAUUCAUACAAUGCUACAAAUGCUGCCAACCGUGGAACUUUGUACUUUACAAAAUAAUGCCUGCAAUAUUUAUGAACAAUAUUUUAACAAUAGUGAAUCAACUCCUCUCAUUCAAAAACCAUUUUCACGAACUGUCAAUGUUUAUCGUGAUCCACUUCCAAUGAAGAGACCAAUCACUCAUCUUUCUUGGUCACCAGAUCAAGGAAAUCGAAUAGCCGUUAGCUAUUGUAAUAUGACUUUUAAAAAGUCUUCCACUUAUAGUGCCAUAUCUUAUAUCUGGGAUGUUGAAAAUCCAAAUAAACCGUGCAUGGAAUUAAAACCAUUUUCUCCAAUGGUAACAUUAGAAUAUAAUCCUAAGGACAGUAAUGUUCUAAUAAGUGGAUUAAUGACUGGACAAAUUGCUGUCUGGGACGUAAGAAGAGCUUCUGAACCGACUGACAUAAGUUUAAUUGAAAAUAGUCACAGAGAUCCUUGUCAUAAAGUUUUAUGGAUAAAUUCAAAAACUGCAACAGAAUUUUUUAGUGCUUCAAAAGAUGGACAAGUUAAAUGGUGGGAUACAAGAAAACUUCAGAGUCCAAUAGAAACUUUAGUGAUGGAUUUAGUAAAACCAGAAGAACAAAAUAUCGAUAGAGCAAUUGGAAUUUCAAAUUUACAAUUUGAACCUUCUCUUGGAACACGAUUUAUGUGUGGAUUAGAAAAUGGUAUUGUAAUAUCGGGAAAUAGAAAAGGUAAAACUCCUCUAGAAAAAAUUGCAACUCGUUUUAAAGCUCAUUAUGGUCCUGUCAUUAGUGUCGAAAGAAAUCCAACUUUUGUGAAAAAUUUUCUAACAGUGGGCGAUUGGACUGCAAGAAUUUGGUCAGAAGACUGCAGAGAGUCAUGUAUUGUUUGGACACCAGGACAUAAAGAUCUUUUAACAGGUGGUGUUUGGAGUACAACUCGAUUUUCGGUAUUUUUCAUCACAAAAGUUGAUGGAACUUUGGAUGUUUGGGAUUUAAUAGUUCAACAAGAUUCUCCAGUUCUAAGCGUUAAGGUUUGUGAUGAUAUUUUGACGAGUAUUAGACCUCACGAGCAAGGUCAAUUGGUUGCAGUUUCAAGCAAAAAUGGAAUGACAUAUUUAAUUGAAUUUUCUGAUGUUCUAACUACAAAUCAAAAGAAUGAUAAACUUCUACUUACUGCUCUUUUGGACAGAGAGACAAGAAGAGAAAAAGUUAUAGAGGCAAAAAAUAGAGAACAAAGACUAAAAAUGAAGACAAUAAGACCAGAUUUGGCUAAUGAGUCACAUGAAACUAAUAAAUGUGAAAUUCAAGAAUCAAAUAAAGAUUCUCAUAUAAUUCAAUGUGAACAAGAUUAUGAAAAUGCCAUUCAAGCGGAAAUAGCUCGACAAAUAUCUGCUGAAAAUGCUGAGGUAAAUAACAAUAAUUUACAAAAUGGACCAACAAUUAAUUGAAAUAAAAAAAAAAUUUCUACCUAUAAAUUUAAAUUAAUUUUAAACUUUGUAUUUAGUAG